AUGGGCGCCGGGGCCUGGAAAGUAUUGGAAUCCUUGCCGGGUGCUUCGGGCGCUGCCGGGUGCCCGGGAAGAGGGCGUUUCGCCGCGGGAAGGGCCCUACACGCCAUUUUACCAUGCCAGGCCCCACGAGCGCCCCCCGCUCGGGAGGGUUCAGGUAAGACAGGUUCUUCCGCCCUUAAAGGCCUCAGCAAACGAGUUUAUAGUUAUUGCGGCGCCGUCGCACAACCCAUAUGUCACGGCGCUGGCGCCCGAGGCGAACCGCAUAGCAAAGGGCAUGUGGGCCCAUUCGGCUUGGGGGCAAAGGGUGUCCAUAAUGCGAAGACUCUGCGGCUUCGUGGAAAAGUACAAUCUAGGGGUUCGUGGGGAAAACGUUCCCCUUUUAUUGUAAGUCUACAACUGGGCAAGAGCAGCGCGGCGCAAUACACAAGAACCUUGCUGACGUUACUGGCCUCAGGCCGGUCACCGGCUCAAAUGAUUUUGUCCGGUCUUCAACGAAAGGCGGCCGCAGACCCCAUAAAACAGGCCCGCCCCAUGGAGAGGUGGAACUGGAUCUCAUCAGAAAUAUGCUGA